AUGGCAUUUGGAGACCUGUCUGAUCUAAUUAAUGACACCAGAUACCAAUCGUCAAUCCAUGCUAAUAUUGACGAUCACAGGAGUGAUAAAGUUCUCUUGAACAACAACGAUACCAAGAAUAUUACCACUACCACCGCCACUACUAGUACCAUGAAGACAAAUAUCGUCAACACAAAAAGUGGUGCUGCCAAGUUUUCUGAAGGCCAUUCCAGUUCUUGCCCGGUGUCUGUUCCUGACUUGACCGAUACUGAAGGUAGUAACGAUGAAUCUUUUGAUGAAGAGGAUGAUGUUUCUGAAAUUGACGGUAAAGAAAACCAUGCAAAUGCCAAUGAAAUUGGAAUCACCCCAAUCAACCAAUAUGCUAGUAUCAAGAAGUCUGGUCCAGAUUCCGACACUUCCAUGACUUCGGGAUCUGCCGUCGAGACCGUCACCACUAGAGGAUCGAUGAGCGAUGCUUUUGGUCAACUUUUCAUCAAUGAUAGCCAUCACGAACGUCAAGUGAUUAUGAAGAUCAUUGUGAGGAUUGUCGCGAAUUCCCUCAUCACCAAGUUCCCAAUCGAUGAUUGUUGCAAUAAUCGCAACAACUUGAUCAUCAACAACUUGAUUGAUUUCCUUGAAAAAGUCUUGACCCGUUCCAGAAUGCCAUUGAACCAAUUUCUUGCCGGGAUUUUAUACUUGAACCGUUUAGCAAACAAUAUCCACCUGGGUAACAACAAGCACCGUGUUUUCAAGAACAAUAGUGACAAAUUAUGCCUUCGUCGUUUGAUCAUCACCAGUUUUUUGGCCACCAGCACCAUUUAUGCCAAACCUUCUAGCUUGCCAAGAGGGGUAAGGUCAGAGUCAAAGAAUCCAAAAUUCACCAAACAAUCCAUGUCCCCAUUUGAAAUCAAGCAGAGGAUUUUAAAUCAAAAUUUGAAUGCCCAAGUCUGGUCAGUGAUUUCCGGGUUGCCAGUGACUUUCCUCGACCAAUUAUAUGACAAUUUCCUUGACUGGAUGACCGACGAUGAUUUGAAGGUUAAUGCCGAUGAUUUGAGAAAGUAUAAAGGCAGUUUGAACCAAAUGGUGAAGUGGUUUAUCAAGACCGAUCCACCAUUCCAUUCAGCAUAA